AUGAGCAAGUGGACGGCCCUCGGGGGAGGCAUUUUCUCUCAGGCCUCCUACCCGGAAGGUGCCGCAGAAGCUGAAGCUGUGCCGAAAGGCAGCCGAGCCUCACAAUAUGUGUCUCCCCUCACCAAGGUGGUCGUUCGGCUGAGCACAGCAAGCCUGGAGCGGAUCUUCCUUCCCCACCAUCAGCCUUACCUUCUAGCCCAUGGGGCUCACACCAUUCUCACAGUGGCGGCCUGGCAUGUGAAAAUGCAGACUGUUUCAGCUGCUACACUAGACACCAAGAAAAGAAAAGUCCCUUUUACAGCUCCUUUUGAUCCUCGCUUUCCAUUCACCAACCAGACUCGUAACUGCUACCAGAAUUACAUGGAUUAUUACCGUUGUCUGAAUAUUAUGAAAAGCAAAGGCAAGGAUGUGAAGAAGUGUGAAUGGUACCAUAAGGUUUUCAAAUCCUUGUGUCCUAGCAGUUGGGUUACUCAGUGGGAUGAGCAACGUAAACUGGGAACUUUUCCUGGCAAGAUAUAA